GCCAAGCUGACGAAGAAAAGAACCUUCUUUUGCCAGAAAAUGUGUUUCAUUUCUGUAAAAAUGUCACUCCUCCCCGUUCUUUGAGAGAUUUAUACUCACUGAUUCUCUGACAAGGAGAGCCAAACAUACCCAUUGUGUACUCGAUUCAAAAAUCAAAACUUUCCCUUCUUAUAUCCUCCACCUCUCUUUCCCAGUUCGGGUCGUACACCUGUAAAUCCGACAAAUUCGGCAACUUUCCCGCAUUUCCGAGCUCAGAUUUUGUCUGAAUUUGGAUGGAAACUGAUAGUAUUGAAUGCAUAACGUCCCUAGAUGGCACGGACGAAGACGAGAUCCAGCAAAAUCCCCACCACCAUCUUCACCAGCAAUUCCCUUCCAAGUCGUCUCACGGCAAUGGCGUCGUUUCCUCUGCGAUUCUUCCCAGCACCACCCGCGUCCACGAAUUGCUCGAGUGCCCAGUAUGCACCAAUUCGAUGUACCCUCCAAUUUAUCAGUGCCACAAUGGGCAUACACUUUGCUCAACCUGUAAAACCAGGGUUCAUAAUAGGUGUCCCACAUGCAGACAGGAGCUUGGUGAUAUUAGGUGUCUUGCAUUGGAGAAGGUGGCAGAAUCACUUGAGCUGCCUUGCAAGUACUUCUCUCUUGGGUGCCCAGAGAUAUUUCCUUACUACAGUAAACUCAAACAUGAGGCUCUCUGUAACUUCAGGCCAUACAAUUGCCCUUACGCCGGUUCAGAGUGCUCUGUCACUGGGGACAUUCCCUUCCUAGUUGCUCAUCUGAGGGAUGACCACAAAGUGGAUAUGCAUUCUGGAUGCACUUUCAACCAUCGAUAUGUGAAGUCUAAUCCACGUGAAGUAGAAAAUGCGACAUGGAUGUUAACUGUCUUCCACUGCUUUGGACAAUACUUCUGCCUCCACUUUGAAGCAUUUCAGCUUGGAGCGGCUCCUGUUUACAUGGCAUUUCUCCGUUUCAUGGGUGAUGAGAUGGAAGCACGGAACUACAGCUACAGCUUGGAGGUUGGGGGGAAUGGUCGGAAACUCAUAUGGGAGGGCACGCCACGAAGCAUAAGAGAUAGCCAUAGGAAGGUUAGGGAUAGCCAUGACGGUCUAAUUAUACAGCGCAACAUGGCACUUUUCUUUUCUGGAGGAGACAGAAAAGAGCUGAAACUUCGGGUUACAGGACGGAUUUGGAAAGAGCAGCAGAAUCCAGAAGGUGGGGCCUGCAUACCCAACCUGUGUAGCUAGCAUGGUUUGCUCUCUCUCUGCCUCUGUCUCUCUCUCAUGCGUGUUCUAAGGUGGUGGAAAUGUAGUCUUGCGACAAUUUAUUCUCAAGAUUUCUCUAACUUUGUACGGAUGCUGGAUGUAUCAUAUCCAUGAAUUGUUAAUAAUGUUUUUCGUGAUUCUGUGCCA